AUGUCUUCUUUAUCGUGGGGAAAUGUUCCUAGUGUUGGAGCAAGUACAAAUCAACGCGCCAAAACUUUGAAUCAACAAAAAAGAAACGCCACCACAACAGGCAGCAAUAACCUUGGAACAAACAAUAGCAAGGAAAAUGAAAACUUCAACUCCUUCCAACGUUCAAAUAAUGACUCGGUUGAGGAGUUUGUUCUGAGAGUUACUAACUUGUCUAAACAAGUGGAACAAUACAAACAAUUGUCGAAUCAGAGAGCACAACAAGUGGCCAUUUCUUCAUACAAUAAUUCAGGAUCGGACUCAUCUUUUAAUCAUGGUGAUGUUUCUCUUCGUGUUGGUGGAAAUGAUAUUACUAAAAAGAUUAGAUCAAUUCGUCAAUGGUGCACAUCAGAAGUUAAUGAUUUGAAAAAGAUUUCCAAUAGAAUUGGGUCAAAGAUUGGUAAUGAAAGCAGAUUAUUAAUGGAAUCUGGAUUGAGUUCUUCCACUGAAACUAAUUCAUCCUCAAUGAAUACUCAACAUGAAACCAUGGUUAAAUAUAAUCGUGUAAAGAAUGAUCUUACUAAAACUAUCACUGUUCUUAAGGAUGUUAUUAGACGUGAUAAGGAAUGGAUUGCUCAACAAACUAAACAAAAACAAGAACAAUUUGCUGCCCAUCACCAAACACCAAUGGAUCACUUUGAUGAGGAAGAAGAAAUUCAAUCUGAAGAUCAACCAUUAUUGCACACUACUCAACAAAAGCAAACUACUGUUGAUCAAGAAUUACAAGAAAAUGCUCUUGUUUCUUGGCAAGAUAGCACUUUGAAUGUAGAAAUGAAAAUUGCAUUGGAAGAGUAUGAAGAUUUGAAAACUUAUCAAAGUGAAUAUCAUGAAUUGAAUCACUUGUUCCAUUCUUUUUCUAGUCUUGUAGAUGAACAAGAUCCAAUGUUGGACACUAUUCACACCAAUGUCAUUACAUCAAAGGACAAUGUGGAAAGAGGUGUGGAAAGUCUCAAAGAGAGUAACAAGCUCCGUAAAACAGGAUCAAAAAUGAUGUGGAUCAUUCUUGGUUUAAUAUUGCUCACUGUUCUUGUUGUUGGCCUUAUUGUAAUUUUUGGAAAGGGUGUGAUCUGGUAA